GUACAAAUAGGCCUAUUCCAAGUCUUUCAGUUAAACUGCAUAAUAAUUAUUAAAAAAAAAAACUGUUGUUGUUCGAAAUCACAUAUUUAUUAUUAAUAUGUAGAUGAAGUAUAGCAUGUCUCAACAUGUUUGUAAUAUCAUGUCAACUCCUCUUUCACCGUUUCCAGAAAGAUUUGUAAAGAAUUGAGCUGUGACAGCUGUCAUUUGUUUCCAGAAUGAUCAUUUAAAAUGACACUCCACGCAGAAUUACUAUUCAAAAUAUAUAGCUUAAAACUUAGAGGUCCUUUUUAGUCCUUUUUGUAAUAUUGUAUAUUAAAUAAAUGACAGCUUCAUUAAGACCAGUACAAGGAUGUCAAAAAGAUAAAGUUUGAUGCUUCAAGAAGGCAACUGUUAAGUUAAAACCACCAUGAUGAAAAAUGUACCAACACUGCUUUCAUUAGCAAUUCUACUUUGUUCCAAAUUGUCCAAAUUGCUCAUGUCCUGGCAUAACAAGCAGAUUGUGAUUCUGGGCCAUUAAUAUUUACUAAAGACAUUGAAAAACCAUUGAAAGUAUGUCUUGUAGAAAGCUCUUCCGAUUUCCACAGUUAGAAUCCAAUGGAUUGCAGUUUGUCUGCUUUCCAAAACUUCUUUUGUUUUUACUUUGUGCCCUGUUGUUUCUAUGGCACCAGAUAUCAACAAACAUGGCCACCCUGAGCAUGAAACCAGGCUUGCGUUACAGCGUGUCUGACUGGACGACCAACAAUAAACAGAUCUCAGACACUGCUGAGCAUAGGCGAAAAAUUUCACACGAGAUACGCCAGGAUGGAAGAGCUCUGCGUAACCAGACAGCUAAUAAGACAAACUGGGAUGAGUAUGAAAGCAGCCGGCGACUGAGUGACAGAAUCAAUGACAUCACACGCUGGAAAGAGAAUCUUAAAGCUUGUGCACAGGAAGUGGAUGUGGAAAUGGAUGCUCUCACUCUGUCCAAGGAGGAGACAGAACGUGCUCUUGCAGCCACUGUUCUGCCACUGGAAGUUACUGCAGAGUGCUUGACAUUGAGGGAAGGCCGUCGUGGCAUGGAGCUGGUCAGUGACCCUGUGGAAGCUGAGCUUAAGAAAGAAGUGGAGGUGACUGAUGGUGCACAGCGGAUCCUUCAGCAGUGCAUUGAUCAGGCCUUUGAACACUUGUGUCGCCUACAGGAAGUACGCCAACAGCUGACCAUUGACCUUCAGGAUAAAAUAGAGGCUCUUGAUGUGGACAUGUCCUGCUUGUCUCUCACUAUACAAUCACCUGAGAUCUCCCUGAAGCCAAACCCCACUAGGGUGCCCCCGGGCACCACAACUCCCCAGCAGUGGGAGCAUUUCAGCCGUUACAAUAUUACCAGAGCCAAGGAAGAGAUGCAGGCCUCUAUGCAACUCAGAGAGAAUAGCAGCAUCACAAGAGCACAGGUGCAGAAUGAGUUGGAGGCCCAACGAAUGGCCAUGGAGUUUGCUCUGCGUAAGCGAACUCAUCACCUGGAACAGGCCCAUCAGGAACUGCAAUGGCAGCUGAAAACUACCCAGCUGGACCAAUAUAAAUCCAUCAUACAGACUCGGGAUGAGAUUGCUGAGCUGGAGAAGGACAUUGCUGGCCUGGAGAAUGAUAUACAGGCCAAGAUGGCUCCUCUAAAGUUGGUCCACACCCGCCUGGAGAACAGGAUCAAGAGGCCUGGUAUGGACCUGUGCCGAGAUGAGGUGCAGUUUGGUUUGGUGGAAGAGGCCAAACAGUUGGACGCUACAAUUUUGACAUUGAAAAAGAAGCUAGCACAGGCCCAGCACUCUCUGCAGUCUCUGAAGCAGCAUGAAGCUCAAAUGACGGAGGAUCUGUCUCGCAAGCAGGAUGCCCUGUCGCUGGAACAGCGCAGCAGUCAGACUCGCCAGCGCCUCACUCUGGUUGCCAACACUGAGAGACUGCCUUCAGCUGUGGUGCCCCUCACCAAUUCUUGUGGCAGACACAAGCUGGAUCUAGCUUGAGUUGGCUCACUGAUUCUUGUGACUUGGUCUAGUAAUGUGGUUUUCAACUGGUAGGUCUGUUCUGUUAAGGUUGUGGAUAGCAGGGAAAAACAAUGCAAAUCAUAAAAUGCAACUAACUAUGUAAUCAUGCUUAGCUAGAUAAGAUGCAUAAAUAGGCUUUUGAAUUUUUUAAAGAGAGGAGAAAAUGCUUCCUAUAUCUUUUGUUGUUAACAGCAAAGGCCAAUGACACUCUAUAUUACUUUGGCUCAAAUUCAUCUGUCACUUGGCAGAAGCUAGCCAAAUUAGGCAGAUGCCUACAGUAAAUGGACAGGUUGGAUGGCAGGCACUCAAAAGAUCAUAAGCAAAACUAUGCAAAGUAAAAGAAAAUACAGCCCAAACUACAUUAAAGGGUUAGUUCACCCAAAAAUUAAAAUUCUCUCAUGAUUUACUUACCUUUAAGCCAUCCCAGAUGUGUAUGACUUUCC